AUGAACAAUCAGCUGAUCAAUAUCGUGCUGGACAAGUCGCGUCCUCGUCAUUUUCUUGAAAUUCGGAAGCAAUACUUCCCGGAAGACAUCACCCGAAUGGAUAUUGCUGUGAUGAAACCACCUCGGAUGGUCAUUGCUGCCGAACGAGAGCCAUUCCUAAGAGUUCUUAGAGAAAUUGAGGGUACGCCCUGUUCUGCUGGUCGAAAUAGUACUGAAUUUUGGUACUUCGCAUUCGAGAAAUACAUGGGAGAGCUAGGCUUUGUGGACGCAUGGCAAGGUAUCGUCGACGACGAGAAGGGCUUCGCUGAGAAUUUACGUGGAUUUCUUAUGGCCAGCGAUAGAUAUUCUUACGACGUACUUCGUUUUGCGAACGAAACCAUAAAGGCGUUCCGAUUCACCACCCGACUGAAGAAUGUCGGCACUGAUGAGCUUAUUGAUCUAUGUGCUCAAACGAUGAGGUGA